CUAGAUGAUUGUACAUCACGUAGAUGUUGCAACUCUUGAGCAAUCCUAACCUAAACAUUUUCCUGCGGAUGUGAAUUACGGGGACUGUUUGUACUGUAUUUGAUGCCUCAGUCAGAUAUUAAGUUUUUUUUUAAUAAUGUAACAGUGUAUUAGAAUUUCCGUUAAAAUUUGGAAUAUGUGAAUGUGUAAAAUUUAAUAAAUGUGAUUAAUCAAGUUUGUUUAACUCGACUACAAAUUGAUUCUAUUGACGAUAAGAGUAAAAGAGGGGAUCUGCUUUAGUAUAUUGAUAGUGACGAUAAAAGAAAAAAGAAAUAUAUAAAUUUCCUGUUUUCUUGUUGAGGUUUCAUAGUGUAAAUUGAUUGUAAAUUGAUUGUGUGUUACAAAGUAAUAAGUGUAAAGUGAUCAUUCUGUCUAAAAUGUCCAUUUUGUUUUUGUAGACAGGAGUUGAUUUGAUUGCUCUAAGCAAGAAAACUUUCUGUUUGUUCAUUAUGUGACAAAAUGUCAAAAUGACUUCCAAAGUGGAAAAACUAGGAAGCCCUGGCAAUAUUUCAAAAAAUUUUAAUAUAAUAAAAAAAGAUUAUGGUAGUAAUUUAAGAAGCAAUAUGGGGAAUGGAUAUACUAGUGAUUCAAAAGAUGAAACAUUUGAGUUUGAAGUUCCUCCUGAAGCUCCCGUAUUUUAUCCAAAUGAGGAAGAAUUUAAGGACCCACUUGCAUACAUUGCUAAAAUUAGAGCAGUUGCUGAAAAUACAGGAAUAUGCAAAAUAAGACCUCCACCCAAUUGGCAACCCCCUUUUGCUGUUGAUGUUGACAAAUUACGAUUUACUCCUAGAAUUCAGAGACUUAAUGAGUUAGAAGCAAAAACUAGAGUUAAAUUAAAUUUUCUAGAUCAAAUAGCUAAAUUCUGGGAGUUACAAGGUUCUUCAUUAAAAAUACCAAUGGUAGAGAAAAGAGCUUUGGACCUGUAUACCCUUCACAGUUUAGUACAGUCAGAAGGUGGUUCUGAAACAGUAACAAAAGAGAGAAAAUGGUCUAGAAUUGCAAUUAGAAUGGGUUACCCACAAGGCAAAGGAAUAGGAACUAUACUUAAAAGUCAUUAUGAAAGGCUUCUUUAUCCCUUUGAUGUAUUUAAGGAAGGAAAAUCACUUAAAAAUAUUAAAAUGGAUCCAGAAUCCAACGAAACUGGUGAUGUUAAAACAGAUAAAGAUUAUAAACCUCACGGUAUUGUUGGUAGAAUGGCUGUGAAACCUCCUGUUGAAAAACACGCAAGACGAUCCAAACGCUUUGAAAAUGAGGACAAGUUUGAGGCAAAAAUGAGAGAUGAAUGUUUUGCUGAGGCUGAUCGUAGUAAAGAAUUAAAACGUUUGCAGUUUUAUGGAGCUGGGCCUAAAAUGGCAGGAUAUAUCAACAAAGAGAAAAAAGAAGAAAAGAUGAGAGAUAAACAUUCGGCUUGCGAACUGGAUCCUUUGGCUAAAUACGUGUGUCACAAUUGUGGUAGAGGAGACGUAGAGGAAUCGAUGCUCUUGUGUGACGGUUGUGAUGAUAGUUAUCACACAUUUUGUUUGAUGCCCCCAUUAGCGGAAAUUCCUAAAGGCGAUUGGCGUUGUCCAAAAUGUGUGGCCGAGGAAGUGUCAAAGCCCACAGAAGCAUUCGGUUUUGAACAAGCACAAAGAGAGUACACAUUACAACAGUUUGGGGAAAUGGCAGACCAGUUUAAGUCGGAAUAUUUCAAUAUGCCUGUUCAUAUGGUUUCGCCAUCGAUUGUUGAGAAGGAAUUUUGGCGAAUAGUUUCAUCAAUCGAUGAAGACGUCACAGUUGAAUACGGGGCCGAUUUGCAUACCAUGGAUCAUGGGUCUGGUUUUCCAACUAAAACAUCACUUAAUUUAUUCCCAGGAGAUCAGGAGUAUGCUGAUUCCAGUUGGAAUUUAAAUAAUUUACCAGUUUUGGAAGGUUCUGUCUUAGGAUAUAUAAAUGCCGAUAUCUCAGGGAUGAAGGUUCCGUGGAUGUACGUUGGCAUGUGUUUUGCUACAUUUUGUUGGCAUAAUGAAGACCACUGGAGUUACUCUAUAAACUAUCUUCAUUGGGGAGAACCAAAAACCUGGUAUGGUGUUCCUGGGAGUAAAGCGGAGUUUUUCGAAGAGACCAUGAAAUCGGCUGCACCUGAGUUGUUUCACUCUCAACCUGAUUUACUACAUCAACUUGUUACGAUAAUGAACCCAAAUAUUUUGAUGGCUGCCGGAGUUCCUGUCUACAGAACAGAUCAACAUGCUGGAGAAUUUGUUGUGACCUUUCCAAGGGCGUAUCAUGCAGGAUUUAAUCAAGGGUAUAACUUUGCAGAAGCAGUUAAUUUUGCACCAGCAGAUUGGUUGAAAAUGGGUCGUGAAUGUAUAUUACAUUACUCACAUUUAAGACGUUUCUGCGUCUUUUCUCAUGACGAAUUGGUGUGUAAAAUGGCACUAGAUCCUGACAAAUUGGAUCUGACCAUUGCAGCAGCGACAUAUCAAGAUAUGCUUCAAAUGGUUGAUACAGAGAAGAAGUUAAGAAAAGCACUGUUAGAGUGGGGAGUUACAAAUGCAGAAAGAGAAGCUUUUGAACUAUUACCUGAUGACGAAAGGCAAUGUGAAGUAUGUAAAACAACUUGCUUUCUGUCGGCAGUUACUUGUAGUUGUUCUGCAGAUACUCUUGUAUGCUUGAGACAUUAUUCGAGUUUGUGUAAAUGUUUGCCAGAUAAGCAUACUUUACGUUAUCGUUACACUUUAGAUGAGCUUCCCUUAAUGUUACAAAAGCUUAAAUUGAAAGCAGAGUCAUUUGAUAAUUGGGUCAAUAAGGUCAAAGAUGCUCUCGAUCCCAACAUUCCAAAGAGCAUGGAUCUCUCGGAGUUAAAAGCGUUAUUAAGUGAGGCAACUGGAAAGAAGUUUCCAAAAUCUGAACUUCUAGAUACUCUUAAAAACGCUGUGGAUGAUGCAGAAAAGUGCGCCAGUGUAAUUCGCCAGCUUGACUUAAAUAAGAUGAGAACUAGAACUCGCAAUUCUUCAGAUAACAAAUAUAAACUAACCAUAGAAGAGUUGACUUUAUUUGUUGAAGAAAUUAAUAGUUUGGCUUGCAAUUUAGAGGAGGGUAGAAGCGUCAUUGAUUUGUUAAAACAGACCAAAGAUUUCGAAGCAGAAAGCACAAGAUUGCUCCAAAUGGAUCUCGGUGAAUGUAACGCAUCUGAUUUAGAAAAGUGCCUUGAUCACGGGAACGGACUUUGCAUCGAACUUCCUUCUUUAAAGUUUGUAACGCAGCGUCUUCGUCAGGUGUUAUGGUUACGAGACAUUACCACCGUUAGGCGAAAGGCAGAAAUCGUACAAAUGGAUACAUUAAAGAAUUUGUUAAAGUCAGGAUUACAGUUACCUCCAGAUAUAUUCAUCGAAAGAGAGUUGCAAGUUCUUAGAGCUUUAUUAGCUGAUGCUGAAGAUUGGGAGAAAAGGGCUCAACAAUUGUUUAAGUCUGACUCGACAAACAUAAUUCAAGAAGCGGAAAGUCUGUUGCAAGAAGCCGAAGACAUGGAAGUCUUUCUUCCCUCGGAGGAAAUGCUUGCAGAUGCCUUAAGUCGAGCAAAAGACUGGCUGAAAACGUUAGAAGAGAUAAAUUCUGCUGAAUUUUAUCCUUAUUUUGACACGAUGGAGGAUCUUAUUAAGAAGGGUCGUGCAAUACCAAUUUGUCUCGAAGAAGUCGGAAAAUUAGAAACGUAUAUUUCGGCAGCGAGAGUUUGGAAAGAAAAAACAAGUCGUAUAUUUCUUAGAAAGAAUACAUCAUUUACUUUAAUGGAAGCCUUGUCGCCUCGAGUUAAUACAAACAUGACCAAAUCGCGAAAAAAAUCGGUAGAAGAUGAGCCAUACUACCUUAAACUAAGCAACUUAGAUCCAGUCGCUGUUGUCGCAUUUUUCAAAGAAAGUGAAGAACGCGAAAUGGAAACCAUUAAAGAACAAAGAUCCAUAAAUGGAUCAAAAAGCUUAGAACAGACUGCAAACAAUACCUUCUGUGUUUGUCAGAAACCUGCUUUCGGUGUAAUGAUGCAAUGUGAAGUCUGCAAAGAUUGGUUUCAUAGUGAUUGUGUCCAACUGCCGAAGAUUGCACACAUGAAGAGUAGGACUAAUUUUACAAGUACUGCAUUGCAAAUGGGAUUUAAAGACUGUAAAUUUUUAUGCCCGAAUUGCUAUCGUACAAGAAGGCCACGACUUGAAACUAUAUUAAGUCUGCUAGUUUCAUUACAAAAAUUGUACGUUCGUGUACCAGAAGGAGAGGCGUUACAGUGCCUUACUGAAAGAGCAAUGGGCUGGCAAGACCGUGCACGACAACUACUGCAUUCCGACGAGUUGGAGUCUAUUGUAGCAAAAAUGUCGCUACUUUCUCAAAAAUAUACUGAAGCUUUAGCCAAGGAAAAGACUGAAAAAAUUAUUAACACUGAACUAAGAAAAGCUGCUAGUAAUUUGGAUGUCAAUCAGAAAGUUCAUGAACUGUCGAACUGGAGUGGUGUAAUUACUAAUUUUGAAGAAGGCGAAGAGAGGAUGACAAGUACACCUAGUAGUAGUAAUACAACAACAAAAGUAAAUAGAAGUCCAUUGGAUGGCGGGUAUGGUACAGGGGACGAAAAUUCGUGCACUAGUUCAUCGCCCAAGGAGGACUGCAUGGAUGACCAUGCAUAUUCUUUACAUUUAUCAAAAGACGACGCCGAUUCUUUGAUAUUUAUUAAUCCAGAGAAAAGGCAGCAUAUUGAAGAACUUCUGCUCGAAGGAGACCUCUUAGAAGUCUCACUUGAUGAGACGUUCCAUCUUUGGAAAAUUCUUCAAGUUUCGAGGGACCUGGAUAAAGAACCCAUACUAGUAGAUCUUGAUGUUCAACUGAAGGUUCCAUCAAAACGGGGUAGAAAGCGGCGUUCGGAUGAAACAGAAAUAAAGAAGUUAAAGCAACUCAAGGCUAAUUUGACGAAGAAGUUGAAGGGUAAGGAUCAAGGGUCUCGUAAAAGGGUGACUGGACGGAAAAGUGGUAAUAAAAACUCAGAAGAAGAGUCCGACGACGAAGAAGAGAAAUGUGCAGCUACUAGUUGUCUUUUACCAACUGGACAAGAAGUAGAUUGGGUUCAGUGUGACGGAGGUUGUGAACAGUGGUUCCAUAUGGCUUGUGUUGGCCUUUCAGCGCAAGAAAUUAACGAAGAUGAAGAUUACAUAUGUAUGAGUUGUUCAAAAAACAGUAGCGCAUUUGGCAGUUUACAACAAUCCCCGGAAAGUCAAUCGGCAGAAGAACCUGCAUCACCUGAAACAACACCACCCUGCGAAAGCAGUUCUACGUCUAAAGAAACCGUAUAGUUACAGAUUCUGUUGUAGGAAGUCCCAGUUAUUCUACGUAUGCUGUUCGCUAUCGGGGAAUUAGUAUACGAGCCCAAAUACAUAUGUCGUGUGCUUGCAUUUUACAACACCGUCCCUCUGUUGGCUUUUGUGAAGGUACAAUUAAAUUGUUUGUGAAUAACAUUCCGUUAAAAUCAUCCCAUAAAAAAAUACGAACGUAUUAGUGUUUUUCGUUGAUUUGGGUGAAGGUUUUCAGCGUUGAAGAAUGUUGAGGGCUAGAGAGAAAUUAUCAAGUGAAUUUUAGUUACGUUGAUUAUUAAUAUGAAUCUUAUUGUUUUUGCCAUACUUUUUUUUAAUAAUAAUAAUUCUCUAAAAAAUUUUAUAUAU